AUGUGGUGCUGGCUGCUGCUUGCCCUGCUGCUGGGGGCUGCCCUCCCACAGCCCAUGUCCCAGAGUUACUCAAUCCCUGAGGACUUCUCUGCUCCCCUGGAGCUUCCGCAGAAGCAUUUUGGCCUGGUGGACGAUUACGGUAUCAAACCCAAGCAGCCUCGGCGCAGGACCCGGGUGUCCCGGGAGCGGCCAGCAGCGCUGCGCAGAGCUGGCAAAAGCAAGCGUGACGAGCUGGACGUGGAGUACUAUGAUGAUGCCCACCUGUGA